CGUUGUAUUUACCAUUACAUACGUUAUUUUACAUAAAAUAAUGAAAUAAAAAUAAACUAAUAACAUAAAAUAAUAAAACUAAUAAAUAAUAAAACGUAAACACUUUUGUGCGCGAGCGUAGGCGAGUUUUUUGCUGUUCAUAAAAAAUGCAUGGCUCGCUCGCGUCACCCGUCGCCCGGCUAUCGCCAUACCACGGCUGCGCUCGGUAAUAGCAACACGUCAAUAUAUUAUGUGCAGUGACUUAUCACGUUUGCCGUAAAAUACCUAGUUAUAUAAUUUUUUUAAUCACCGGUUGACAACUUAACAUAAUAUAAAAAUAAGUUUCAAGGAUUAUCGUCACCCCGAUAGGGGUUCCAGGAUAAGAUUUUGGAACGUUAAAAGAUAUAAUUCCACCAAGUUCCGGUGAUUAGAUACCCGGACACCGAGUAUCGGGAAUCACCUGCGACACGUCGAGUCAUAACCUCCAGCUGAGGGGCCUGCACCGGCGUCUUCAACGUCAGGGGAGUACCGAGCUACAAGGACAAACUAGAUCAACCAACAAUACACCCUACGACCCUUGCUCAAAUUGUAUUUUAAUUAUUUUUAAAUAUACAUCAUUUAAAGGCCGGUACGGGUAGUUUCAUUUAAGCCCCCCGUAACCGUAGCAUUGGCGCCCAUAUCGUGGUUUGGUUGGUCUAGUUUUUCUGCGUAGAAGUAGUAGUGUGUAUGUGUUUUUUUUAAUUUUUGUAAAACGUUUUUUUUUGGUUGCCAGUAACUAAAGUGUACUCCAAAUUCUUUAUUUAUUUGUGUCAAAUUAUUCUAAAACAUCAAUGUGUUAGAAUUUAUUAUUUUAGGUAUCAUUUAAUUACCUACUUGUAAUAAUAAAUGUUACAGCAAUAACUACACUUUAAGUGACUCAUUUCUUUGUUCAAACUUUGUAUAGAAACCGGUCGCUUCGUUAUCGCAUAACUACAAAAAAUGUUUGUGCUAAGCCGUGUAUAGUCGAGCACAAAAGUGCUCGGUUUUAAUAUUUAUUUUUUGUGUUCUGAUUUUUUUUUUUUUUUUGUUUUAAUUGGGUAGUACACAUUAGUUACAAAUUACUUUUAACGCUUUUUCUGCUUGUUUUAGUAAAGUAUAUUUUUUUUUUCUCAGCUUAAUUUUUUUUCUUUAUUUGCCAACCAUAACGUUGCUUAGUUAAUUUUAUUUUGUAACGGAACGGAGUAGGGCAUUCGUAACCUUGUCCAACAUUUAUUUUAUUGCGGUGUUUAAUAUUUUUUUUUAGUUGAUUUUUUUUGUAUAUAUUUUUUUUAAUAUUGAUUUUUUUUUUAUUAUUGAAUUUUUUUUUUAUCUUAAAAUAUAAUGGCGUAUCCAGUUAAAUUCCUGUCACUGCAAAAAUCAGAAUUAGAAUACGAGGUUCUCAUUAGAGGUACUUCUCCUGCUUCCACAGUACAAGAGCUCCGAAAGCAGAUUUGUAAGCUGGGACCAUUAUUUCCUUCUGAAGACAUUUUAGAAAGCUCAUUACCUAUUUCUGACGAUCUUAAAGGAGCUACUGACGUACUGGCUAAAAUCAAAUCACUUUUAGAAUCACCAUUAGAUAGGAACUUGUUAUUGCGAAUCGAGAAUCUUUUAAAUCACCUUUAUCAUCGGCUUAACCGUAUUACUUAUGACAGUAAGACGCAGCAAUUAUACGACACUUGCGUAAAUGAAUUUAAAACAUUGUUCAAUUUUUAUAAUUCGGUGAAAGACAAUGGAGAGGACAAAUUGAUAGUGUCAUCAUCUAAAGCCGACUCUCAACAGUGUGCUUCACCGCUCAAUGUAAGCGUCUCGUGUAGUCGAGAUCUCACAAAUGACGUAUUAAAGGUAAAAUUUGACGGCAAAUCAUGUGUUCGGUCUUUUAUUGAACGCAUCACAGAGCUAAGCAAAGCUAGAGAUAUUCCCAGUGCCAAACUUUUAUCUUUAGCAACGGAAAUAUUUACUGGCGAUGCUCUUCAUUGGUUCCGUAGUAUUCGACAUAACAUAGCAAGUUGGGAAGAACUUAUUUUGCACCUUAAAGCAGACUUCGAUAGGGUAGAUUAUGAUUAUCGGCUGCUUGCUGAAAUACGAGCUAGGACACAGGGUGAAACAGAAAACAUCAUAGUUUACCUUUCAAUUAUGUCUGGGCUUUUUUCAAGGUUAACAAAAAAUUUGUCUGAUGAGGACAAGCUAGAAAUUAUUCUACAUAAUAUCAGACCUUGUUACGCAGCCACCCUCUCUUCGCAUCCUCAUAUUAAGGACUUGGACACCCUAAAAUCUCUGUGUCGCAAUUAUGAGAAUGUCCAAGCUCGUCUUUUAAAUUUUCGUGAGCCGCCUACACAGACGUCAGAUACCAUCGCGCCUGACUUUGCUUACGUUAGACCAUCCCAAAAUUUUAAAACUAAUUUUCAACAAUAUAAAUUUAAUAAUAAUCAAAAUACAAAUAACAACAGUUCUUUUAAAAAUCAAACUAAUCAUAUUAUAAAAACUAAUGAAAGUAAAAUUAAUAAAAGUUAUAUUGCUAAUAAUAAUAAUGUACAUGCUAUACAAACUUCUUCCAGUAAAACCUUUUACUGUCCUAGGUGUCGUAACAAUACGCACAAUUUACGGCAAUGCAAGGCAGAUAAAAAUAAAAUCCUUUGUUUUAUUUGUGGACAUGAUGGUUUUAAGACUCCUGAUUGCCCUAAUUGCAACAAAGAAAAGCUUAAUAGUUCAAAAAACUAAUAAGACUGCAGAAUCGUAUAACCAAUCAACGUACUUCUAAUUUUGAUAAAAAUGAUUGGCAGAAAUGGCUAGAAACCAUAAAGUUUUAUUACAAAACAUAUAAAAUUAAUACAAUUCUGCAGCGAGAACCAGUUAAUGAUUCUAGGCCUUAUGCUUCUAUAAAAAUUAAUAAAUUAAAAUUAUUCGGCCUCUUAGAUUCUGGAUCCGCUGUUACUGUCCUUGGUAACAAUAGUUAUAAGAUGUUGGAAAAAGAGGGUCUUAAAUUACAUACAGAUCGCUUUAUUUCGAUUAAAGCUGCUGGUGGACAAAAAAUGCCUAGCAUUGGAUAUAUGGACCUACCUAUUUCCUUCGAAAAUGAAAUCAACAUGAUUACCGCUUUUGUUGUUCCAGACGUUAAAAUUGAUGUCAUACUAGGGGUUGACUUUUGGCGCAAAUUUAAUAUUUUCCCGAAACAUUUUAAAAGCAUAACUUUUUCCAAUACCCUUAUUUCAAACGCAAGUCUUGAUUCUGACCUUCCAUCCUUCAUACAAGCAUACGAUCAUCUGUCGCAGACUGAAAAAUCUAUAGCAGACAAUAUUAUUGCAAAAUUUAAUGACAUAUCUACCGAGUCUAAAGGUUUGGGCGAGACAAAGUUGAUCACUCACCACAUUGACACCGGUGAUGCACAGCCCAUUCGACAACGCUAUUAUCGGCUCUCUCCCGAAAAACAGCGCAUUCUUGUCGAACAGGUCGAUCAAAUGCUAGGUCUUGACGUUAUCGAGCCCUGCGAAAGCGCUUGGUCAUCUCCUGUUCUUAUAAUAACC